AUGUCGCUUCCUCCGGAGCGUAUCAGUGUCAAGCGCAGACGGCAGGAAGAACCGGUCGAGACUCUCUACCUGGAGCGGGGAGAUGGCACAGAGAAGAAGCGGCGGGUGACAGACUACUAUUUCCAGCGUCUUCGAAAUGAUACAAUUGCACCUAUUUCCCAGCGGGAUACGGCGACGCCGCAAGCUGUGUGGUCAAAGCCUCUGGCUCCCGGUGUCCCCCCAAUCCGUCUGACAGCGCUUGAGGGCUUGAAGGAGGAUUCUUCCAUGGCCAAGAUAGCUGCCGAAGCAAAAGCUGAAACCACCGACGAAGAGAAGCACAAGUUACCGGGAACACCCAGUGCGCAUACGAGCAGCAAAUCGGCCCCUCCCACGCCCACUGGCAGCCAGCCAGCACAUCAGGCUCGUCGUUUCCACCUCGCCCGUCAUAUAUCAUCAGUCCUAAGUCCGCACGCAGCUGGUGGCAUUCGUAAAUCCAAACACUUUAUCCGACCUCCUCUUGCCACAUUCAUUGAAAGACAUGGAGCGGUCUUCGACCAUGAGCAGAAUCCUCUAUAUCGUGGUAAACCUGUUGACAAGAUGCUGGAAGUGCCGAAGGAGGAGAGCUCACGACACACAAUACCAGAAGAAGGCGAAGAGCCGACUCUCGAUACUUUGAAUGCGUUGACGCGAAGUCCAACGAACACAUUUGUUCAAGCACGGCCCAAGACAAUAAGGAACGGCACUUCCAUCCGAGACCAUCCUAGCACCUGGGACUUGGACUCUGAUCAACUGGCAGACGAGCUUGCUGCUCUCGCAAUGGAAUUCGACCCAGAGUUGAAGGACAGAGUCGAGGCGGAGCCUCCGAAAGAGCGCCCUGUCUCACCUCCUCCAGCCCCUCGAGACGUUGCCAUGACCACUCGCGAUCAGGAGGACGGGUACAUCUACGAGACUUACGUCCGGGUACCUUACGAUGGCGAUCCAGGUGACACUACAAACCUUCAGUCCAAUUAUGGCAUUCUUGUUAUCGACGACGAAGAUGAAGAUUUGUGGCAAAAGUACGUCGACAGCGAGGACGAGACUGAUUGGGAUGAAGAAGACUCUAACGCCGAGGACAACCCUGCCAACGAUUACCCAGAAGAUGAAGUCUCGUCUGACGAUGAGUUCAGCUAUAACGCGUACAAGUAUCGGGCGUAUGGAUCCGAUCAUGAGUUUGACGACUAA